AUGUCGUCGGAAGUUAAAUCUGUUGCUGCAAAAGGCACACUUGCAAAAGCCAAAGUAACAGCUGCUCUAGAUAUUGAGGGCAACGUCCCAUUAGAUGUGGCCCCAGAAAAAUACACAAUAAAAGCAGGAUUAAGUCCGGAUCGUAUGUCUGGAUUUGCUCUGUGA